AUACGCAUGGACAGGAGAGGUUGAGCGAGGUACUGCUCUAGCUCAACUUAUCGCCUGCAAGACCUAGUUAUAUCGUGGUCGACCAAGUUAGGGUAUCAACGGUGGCCAAACCAAAUUGAAAAAGACUGGGUCAAGCAUGCGCAAACGGAGCCAUGCAAGUCUGGCUUCACCCGCCACUCAAUCCAAGAAGCCCAAGCGUAAGACCAAACCCAGUUCGCCUUCCCAGCCUGAGGACAUCUCCUCACCCACCCCCGUCCCAAUGCCCGUCCCCGUUCUUCAACCCGAGGCUAUGGAACUGGCGCCCUCCGAGGCUGCCCCUGAACUGGAGCCCACGCCCACCGGCCCAACCUGUGGGCCGGAUGAGGUUCUGUCCGCCCUGCGCUCAGCCCAUUCAGCCACUAUUCGGUCCGGAUUGCGGGUGCUGGCUGCGGCCAUUGAUGAUGAUUAUCGGGCCGUGGCCACAUUCUGGCACAGCGGGGGGCGAUCCGCCGAUUUGCUAUCCCUCCUGUCGGUAGGCGUGGCCAAGAUCCCGGCCACCGAAUUGAGCUUGCUCUUUCAGGCGGUGGAGAGUGUGGCCCUGUUUCUGGCCUCGGAAAAGCCGUCCGACGGUUCAGCCGGGGCUUUGAGUCUGACCCGCACUUUGAUGCAAGAUCAUUACCCGCAUAUCUUGUUGCUGUUAUCCCCGUCCAAUACGGGCACGCAAACCAAGGCCGCAUUGAAGAUGUUGGCCGCUUUGGUGUCGUGUUCAGUGGCGGCCGCCCGUGAAGUUAUGCUCAAAAUCGAUUUUGAGCACAAGCAUUUUGACGCUUUACUCAAGCGACGGCAAAAGAAAGGCCCGGUGGAGUCCUCGGUGGAUCGGGGGUUGGAUGUGCGAACCGCUUAUAUUCAUUUUAUGUUGGCCUUCCUGAUGGUGGGUCCGGCGGGCAGUCCGGGCGUGGUUAAGGAUUUCCUGACCAAGAAAACCAAUCUGGCCCAGAUAUUCUACGGUCUCGUGCACGAUUCCAGUCAGACCGUCAGCUUGAUCCUAUCCACCUUGAAGUCACGGAUUAUCCAAAAUGCCUCAAUCAGUAAGACACUAAAGAUGAAGCUCUUCUCAGCCCAUCAUAUGAAGCCCAUUUUGGCCCUGAUCCAAUGGCAAGGCCCUUUCCAUAGCCAUGAAUCGGAAGGGGAUCAGACCGAGGAUUUGGAUCAUAUCCGCACUCUAACUAUCGAGUUUCUCACCGAAUUGUUCACCUCGUCCAAAACGGGGAUCGUGUUCCAAGAUCCAACUUGCGGAACGUCGGGUCAGAAUCAGAACCUGUUGUUAUUUCACGUACUCCAGUCUCUCAACGAACCUUGGGAGAAGCCCAUGUACGCUCGAUUGGUAAUCUUGGCCUUAAAGGCUUGCCCGGACCAGUUGCGGCCUUAUUUGACAACGCUGGAGAAACUCUGGAGCCCGAGAGCCGAUUCGCCCAUCUGGAUUCAGAUCGUGGAUUUGAUCUAUUCCAUCUUUCAAGCCCUGAAUUUCUCGGACAUUUGGCGGCAAUCGUCGUUGCAGCCGGUUGAAAUUUUGAACGUGUUCUUUCCGGAUCGAUUGGCCAAAGAAGUGAUCUUACCUGCUUUGAUUAUGGAGGAUCGGGUGGUUCAAAUGAAGGCGCUAGAGUUAAGUGCGUUAAUUUUGGACCAAUUCAAGCGGCAUCUCCGGACAAAGUUGAGUCAAGACUUCACUUGCCAUCAAAAGCUUGUUUCUCGGGCCCCCAAAUUGGAUCGACUCAAAGAGUUGUUGCAGCAUGAGUUGGAUCACUCUGAGCACGACCCGAAGUACUUGAGCAUCCUGGUCGACCUUUUGACCACAAUGGCUAGUUUUGGGUCGAUUUGGAAGGACAUUGAAGCCUUGAACUUAGAUCAGAUUCUACUCGACAUCAAGGCCAAACCCAAUUCGGGUUCCAUCGUUGUGGCUUUUUUAAAACUGCGAUACAAAUUGAGGCGCAGGGUGGUCUUUCCCCCCUCAAAAUCUGUGCUUGAAAUGCUUCUGAAACUGUUCUUUGCUGGCGAGGUCAACCAAAUCCAAGUGUAUAAAUUCCUCAUGGGCGAACUUGCCCAUGGCAAUUAUGCCAAUCACUUGGAGCUCCUCAUCUGGCUUCACCAUUUUCCUGCCGAUUGUCUCGACGAAAUGAUCCCUAUAUUAGCCGAGGCCUUAAUCAAAUUCCCUUCGUCAGUGUCGGGUGCCAUUUACCGAUCCAAACUGAUGGAAUUACCUCAAAUGCGUCUUUGGUUGCGUCAAUCCGCCCGAGUAUUGUCAAUUACCGAUUUUGGCAACUCUGAUACGUUUAUUAGUGAAGUGCCCGAAAAACUGAAGACAUCCGAAGCUCCUCAAUUGACAGAGUAUACAUCAGAUUCUCCUGGUGAUGUGGUGAUCAAAAUGUUGAUCAAGAUGCACAAAACAGAAAGAUGGAUGAAACCAGAGGCAAUCGCCGAUUUUGUGUCCGCUUUCAAAGAAAUCAAAUGUAAGAAGAUACAGAAAUUGUGCAGUCACGUAAUUUCUGAGUCGACGUAUGUGACCCAAGCUUUUGAUGUGAGCGAGGAGUCUGAGAUCCUUCGUUUGACUCGAGAAAUUGUCGAGCUUCAGAGCAGUGAGAAAUUCAGGGCAAAGUGCUACGAAAAUUUCUGGGGUACAUUGUAUGUUGCCAUGAAAGACCACGAAGAGAAUGAGAUUUCAUAUGAUGUGGGAAAGGAACUCAUUGAUUUGAUGCCGGCCAGGUAUUGCUAUGAAGCCUCCGCGGCAGAAGCCAUGUCAAUGUCUUUUAAGGGCAAUUUCUCCAAAACCGAUCCGGGAUUAGUCGCAUUAGUUUGGAAUUGCUUUGGCACUCGAUAUUACACGCGAGAUAGAUUGGAGGAAGAAAAAACCUACAUGAUCAGCGCUGGACCCCAGGCAAUAAUGGACGCUUUAAAGACGAAGGCUUACCAAUCAGAGGUACUACAAGGAGCCACCAAGUUAUUGAAAGAUAACCCAUUUCUUUCUGACGCAUUGGCUACACAAGCAGGAACGGAAAUCAUCAAGAUGUUCGAAGCCAAUGCGGAAUCUUGUCGAUCUUUAGUGGAAGUGAUGGUUCAGUCUUGUGAAAACUUUAAUGACCAGGUACAAACACUCUUAAAAGAAAAACCUGAAUUCGUUCAAUCAGAUUUGACGCACAAUCUCUCACUGAUACAACUGAUUCUUGACGGUUCGCACCCUGUACAAGAUGACUUCACUGCCUUGAUUGCCAAGACUCUCAAGCUCACAUUCAAGGGAUUGCUAGAGGAAUCGUUGAGCACAGACAUUCAAGAUCAAGUCCUUGACAUAUUUAAAUACAUCAUGGAAGAUGACGAGGCCCACAGUGUACUUCAAUCGGUGUGGAACGAUGCCAACGACGAAAUGUUCACUGCCAUCCCAACUCUAAAAGCCUGGUUCGUCGUUGGGAAGAACUUGAAAGAGCCUCAGAUUCUGGUAAAACGCGUUCUUGCAGUUCUGACAACAGAGCUUCGUCAAGCUUUCAAGAAAUCUACAACGAAAAAUGCUUUGGGAGAACUAAAAUCCAUGCUGGACCUACUCUUGGUAGCUUGUGAGGUCGACGGCACCAUCGAAGAGGCCAAACAAGUGGACGGUAAUUUGGGACAGAACUUGAUCAAAAUUCUUCUUAAAUAUGGUUUAAAAAGCUCCACAAGCGGCUUCGUUCAAGCCAAAUGUCUCCAAAUUCUCUCGAAAGUCGUCUGCAAGGCUCUUGUCGAUGACCCUGAAGCUAUCGCAAUCCUGCACUCCAUGGUUACUGGACAUUCCAACUUCAUCGGAAUAGUAUUGAACGACAAAGAUCCUCAUUCGGACGCAAAGUUUUGGUUAUUUAAGAUGCUGUUCCUCUUGGAAGAUCUUCAUCCGGGAUUGGUGACCUCGAAAGACGUACCCCUUCUUUUGGCGUCCUAUCAAGGCACUCUAUCCAAAGCAGACCAAGCUAUCUUCCGAUUGAUACAUCACUUGGAGUUCAAAGAAGUCAUCAACUUGGCCGAGUUUAAGCCCGUUCUCUGGGGUGGACCCGCUCGAAGUCGAUAUCUCGGUCGGUCCGAUCAAAAAAGUGUGACCAAUCUCAUCCAGAGGCCGAAGAUGUCGGAAAUUUUAGCCCACAUCGACUCGGCCAAAAUGAUUAAUUCUGCCAUUCAUUUCAACACGGACUUACCGUUUCAACCAGGGGAUGUGGUUCUUGAUGAGUGUUCCAUGCAAAGCUAUGACCCCAGAUUUUUUCUUCAAUUGGUGUGCCAAAUCUGUGCUCCGGGUGAAUUCAUGGACCGGCACCUAAAGAUUGUGGAAUGUGGGGCUUUGGCCUUGGUGUUUGCGGCCAUGUCUUCCAAAGACGUGCUCUUUCGCCAAGUGAGCUACGUAGCCUUGUCCAGGCUUCACCAUCAACUUCAAUUGUCCAAACUGAAGGCCGAAAAACAGAUCUGGAUCCAUCUCAUCAAUUUGGUGCGCAAUGGAAUUCGUCAAAGCAAGAGCACGAACAUGACCACCCUCCGUGUGCCAUCAAUAACCGCAACUUUUUUGGUGAAGGUUUCGAUUGUUCUUCAUAGCCCCAUGGAUCCUAUGUAUGGCUCCCUCACCAAGUUCCUCUUGGCCAAACCAGCUCUCAAUCUUUUCAAUAUCCCGGAGUUCCACCGUUUGUUCCACAGUGAUGCCACUCUAUUACCAAAUGAUCGGCCUUGGAUUUUAUCCGUGAUUCGAGAUGGCCUGAAGAACGAUCUGGAUUACAAUGUGGCUGAAAAGGACUAUUUGGUCAAGAUCCUUUUGUGCUAUUAUAGUUCUGAUUGGCCUCAAGAUUCGAUGGCUCGGAGUAAGCCUUUGAUUCGCAAGAUCCUUCUGCGAAUGAUGGAGAUACAAGAAUCUGCCUUUGACUUGGUGAAAAAUCGACAAAUUAUCCCCUGGAUCACGUGUGAGAUCUCGAAAACAAAAGAAAAUAGUCCAGAAGAGGCAAAAGAACUCUUGUCCAUCGCCGUUCAAGCACGGAAUACUAUCGACAAAUCAAUGAAUGAGGAUGUGAAAUCCACGUCGAUCUGGUGGAAAUUGUUUCUCAUCGAGGUGGAGAGUAUGCGUGAUCAGUUAACCACAACCCUAGAUCUAAAACGGCGGGCUUAAUGAAGUUGGUGUGAUAGUUUAGUGUGUAGUUCUGCACUAAGCAUACCCUCUGUUUCUAUUGGCUAUAUGAAUCAAUUCUUAACGGUUAAUACACCUCAUUCACAUAGGAUUUGCGCGUCAAACAGCAUUUGAGUUGAAUAAUACAAAUACCAUUUUUGAAAAGUGCA